AUGAGCGAAGCCCUUCUACUUAUAGAGAAAAAACAAAUACAAAGAUAUGCGGUUGCUGCUGCUGCUGCUGCUGAUGGUUCUGCUGCUGCUGCUGCUCCUGCUGAUAGUGCGGAAGGAUGCAGUACUUGUACAGGCAGCAACAGCAGCACGAAUAACGCUGCCCAAAGUUGCAGCAGCAACAAGUGCAGGUGCAGAAGCACCACCACCACUAGCAACAACAGUAGCAGCAGCAACAGCAGCACCAGCAGCAGCAACAGCAGCAGCAGCAGCAGCUUUUGUUUGGUGUCUCUAAGUCAUCUAAAUUCCUUCAGCAACUCGCGGAGGCCGCGCGAAGUUAGCGAGGCAACUCUCUAUAAUCAAACGUUCUUUAAGCAGCAGCAACUGCAGCAGCAGCAGCAGCAGCAGCAGCAGCAAAUGCAGCAGCAGCAGCAGCAACUGCAGCAGCAAGGAGAAGAGUCUACGACAGUUACUUGCGGGGCGACAACAUUGGAGCUUCCAAAGGAGCAGCAGCACCAAGCAGUGCAGCAAGAACCGCAGCAGCAGCAAACAGUGCAGCAGGAGCAGCAGCAACAGCAACAGCAGCAAGUAUCGACGCAUGGCCGGUGGAGUCGUUUUCUUGUGUUGCCUCGUUUUUGCUCAUGUCCUUUCUAUCAACACCGCGUUUUGGAGUCUGGUGCAGCAUUUACGGGUUCAUUAGGGUUUAUGGGGAUCCUCUGGAUCCUCUUUCUGCCUCAAUAA